CUCCCAUCCCAUCCUGUCUGCAGGUCUACUAGCAGCGGCGCAGAGCAGUCUUGGAGGGAGAACUAAGAGGACUGCGCGGCAAGUGAUAGGCCCAGGACAACGAGGAAAUGGAGCAGCCCGCACAGAAUGCACAGGAAGACCGCCCUUUGGGAGGAGGUGAUGGCCACCAGCCUGCAGCGAACAACCACAACCACAACCACAACCACAACCGAAGAGGACAGGCUCGCCGUCUUGCCCCUAACUUUCGAUGGGCCAUUCCCAAUAGGCAGAUUAAUGAUGGGCUGGGUGGAGAUGGAGAUGAUAUGGAAAUGUUCAUGGAGGAGAUGAGAGAAAUCAGGAGAAAACUUAGGGAACUACAGUUGAGAAAUUGUCUCCGUAUUCUUAUGGGGGAGCUCUCUAAUCACCAUGAUCAUCAUGAUGAAUUCUGCCUUAUGCCCUAACCUGGGCCAUUUUCCACGAGAUUCAUACUGUGAUUCCCGCUGUAUUCCUUUUCCUUGCAUUUUCCUGACAUGCCUUUACUGAUCUGUUUGUGGUGAGCAUUGUGUUAUUUCCAUGUGCCAGGUGGGGCUUGUGUUACCAGCUUCUAAUUGGAGAUUGCCUUCCCACUCAGUGUAAGUUUCUGUCAACAGGACAGUGUUGCUCAUUUGCAUGGAAAAAUGUAAAGUCAAUAAAGCAACUGAAAAGCA